UUGCGUAGAUGCAAAUAAUACGCAUUAGUACUGUCACUGCGAUGCGUAUCGCCGAUUUCUUUUUCUUAUUUUAUUUUUCUCAAAAAAAACGUCAUUUGAAAACUGGACUCACUUAAAAGUAAACAUCAAAAUAUUUGAGUUGUUGCAAUAAAAAGAUUCAUCUAGAUACUAAUUCGAUUAGAAAGAAAUUAUUACCAAUUAAAAGAAGCAUAAACAUAAUGGCUCCAGGUGCAUUGAUGAAUAAAUUGAAGUUAAAUUUGAGCUUCAAUAAAAACGAUGCUCGCACGAAUCUGAAUUCCGAAGAUACUGUCAUUACUCAUCAAUCUACACACAUUGAUUCUUCUUCCAACAACGGUGAAUCAUCUCCUUGCAUGAUAACAACUCGUAUGGAAAUCAAGAAUGAUAGUUACCUAUUUAAGAGAUAUUUCCAUGAACUGGACCUGAUAAAGGAUGCCAUGCAGUCAGAAGAUGUAGAAAACACUUUACAAUGGUGUUUGCUGUACGUAGAAAACGCUGUUAAAGGACUGUUUGCCAACAACCAUGCGAACUCUCAAGAACCAGCUGUUUUCACAACGCUGUUCUAUUUGGUUAGGAAGGCAUGGGAAUUGCCGACUUGUAAGCUCGGUUAUGCGUUGUGUAACAGGGUCCGGGAUUGUGGUUUAACGGAUUUGUUAAUAAAAAAUUGCGUUUCUGAAGACCCAAAACUCCAAUUCUCUAGUACCAGACUGUUAGUGGAAUGUCUGAACUCGGAAAAUCGUGACUACGUGAUCAAAUACGGUAUGGUUCAAAUCCAGCAAGUGAUACGAACGUUUAGGCAUCAAGAGAAGAGGACGGCCGAUCAAUCGAUAGUCAUAACUGGUUUACUUGCAAAAUUAUUUGAACACAGUGAAGAGACGUGUAUGGAUGUAAUCGAAUGGGGUGGUCUAGAGAUAGUUGUGUAUGAAUGCCGAAGACAAGAUACCACAAUUCUGCAAAAUUGUGCCCGUGCACUGGCGAACCUAUCACUGUAUGGCGAUUCUAAAAUUCACAAGCUAAUGAUCAAUAAUCACGCACAUAUAUGGUUGUUUACGUUAGCGUUCAACCCACGUAUUAGCGUUAAGUAUUAUGCUCUAUUGGCUGCGUCUGUUUUAGCAACUGAUAAAGAUAUUAAGGCGAUCAUGGACAAAUGCGACACCCUGAAUUUGAUUGAUAUUUUCAUUGCCAAACAUUUUCCGACGGGUUUCGACAAAAUCGAUAAAAUGCUUGCUCGAUAUCAAAGUCAAGACCAUUUUUGGCUGAAACGACUAGUCCCGGUUUUGAGCUCCGAUCGUCGUGAGGCACACACUUUUGCCGCCUUCCAUUUUUGCAUAAAAGCUUAUCCCCAAAGUCAGUGUCUCCAAAGUGAAAUCGCUGAAACUUUCAAGACGAUCGGUGCUAUAAUACCGCUAAAAGACUUGGUCAUUUCCGGCAAUAAAAUGACUUCCUCGAUAGCGGCACAAGCGUUACAGUGGAUCGGCGAAGAAGUACCGCUACCACUUAACAAAAAAGUGCCACGGUGGACAGUUAAAGAUGUCCUUCAGUGGUUCAAAAGUGUUGGAUUUGAACAAUUAACAGAGAGCUUAACAGACGACCAAAUGAAUGGUAAUUGGUUAUUGAAGUUGACCGAGGAAUGUUUGGAAAAAAGCUUUGGGAUGCGCAAUGGAAUUAUGCGAAAAAGAUUUAUGAGAGAAUUACAAAAAUUAAAAAAAUUAGCUGAUUAUAGCUAUGAAGAUCCGACCAAUUUACACUCGUUUUUACAAUCGAUUCAGCCAGACUGUUCUGUUUAUACAUAUUCUAUAGUUAAUGCUGGAUACAACUGUUAUAAUAUCGGGUCUUUAACGGAUGAUAGCCUCGAACAUCAAUGCGGAAUUAAGAACAGUUUUUAUCGCAGAAUUAUACUAAACUCAAUAAAAGGCCAUCAUCGACAAAUUUACUACAAAAGCAACAGCUUUUAAAUCGAUUUUAAAUAAGUAAAAAUAAUAACCAAUACGUCGACGUGUGAAAAAAGUAAAAAUCUUUGCUUUACUGUGUAUACAUAUUAUUUUCUCAAUUUUGGGAAACUGAUAAAUUAAAAACAUUAAACUGGAUAUUAGUACCUAUGUAAAAUGUAUUUAAGUUAAAAUUAUUUAUGUAAAUCUAAAAGGAACAAUUUUGCAUUGAAAUGUUUUGUUUGGAUUAUUGUAUUCAAUGUAUAAAUAAUUAUAUAAUAACUAUUGUCUAUCGAAUAAUAAAAAUAAUUAUAAAGCUU